GAUGUCGAGGAAGAAGAACAAGGCGUAACAGAAAUCGAAGCAUCAUCGAAUCGAAACGGAGGAGAGGAGGAUGUGUGGGAUAUUCGCGUAUUUGAAUUACAACGUCAACAGAGAGAGGCGUUACAUUCUCGAAGUCCUCUUCAAUGGCCUCAGGCGUCUUGAAUAUAGAGGCUAUGACUCCGCCGGCAUCUGCAUCGACUCUUCUUUCUCCUCUCUUCCUCUCUCUCCUCUCGUCUUCCGCCAAGAAGGAAACAUCGAAUCCCUCGUCAAAUCCGUCUACCAAGAGGUUGCCACUACUGAUUUAAAUUUGGAGGAAUCCUUUUCUAUUCAUGCCGGAAUAGCACACACCAGGUGGGCAACCCAUGGGGAGCCAGCUCCAAGGAAUAGUCAUCCUCAAACCUCUGGUGCUGGAAACGAGUUCUUAGUUGUUCACAAUGGAGUUGUCACUAAUUAUGAGGUGUUGAAGGAAACACUACUCCGACAUGGGUUCACCUUUGAAUCUGAAACAGAUACAGAAGUGAUUCCAAAGCUUGCAAAAUUUGUUUUUGACAAAGCAAAUGAAGAAGGUGAUCAGACUGUCACCUUCAGUCAAGUGGUGCUUGAAGUUAUGAGGCAUCUUGAAGGAGCGUAUGCUCUCAUUUUCAAAAGCAGGCAUUAUCCAAAUGAAUUGAUUGCUUGUAAACGUGGUAGUCCAUUGCUCCUUGGUGUCAAGGAGUUUAGAGAAGAAAUGAGCAAUGGCCCAUCCUUUCAUGAUGAUAAAUUUCUUACAAAGAAUGAGCAACCUAAAGAACUCUUCCUGUCCAGUGAUGCAAAUGCUGUAGUUGAACAUACAAAAAAGGUCUUGGUAAUCGAGGAUGGUGAAGUUGUUCAUCUGAAGGAUGGAGCUGCGUCAAUCCUUAGGUUUGAUCAUGGCAAAGGAAAACACAGUGGCAGCCUUGCUAGACCUGCUUCUGUGCAGCGUGCAUUAUCCAUUCUUGAGAUGGAGGUUGAGCAAAUAAAUAAAGGAAAUUAUGAGCAUUAUAUGCAGAAAGAAAUUCAUGAACAACCAGAAUCUCUGACAACAACAAUGCGAGGCAGACUUAUACAAGGAGGUUUAUGCAAAGCGAAACGUGUUCUUUUGGGUGGUCUGAAGGAUCACCUGAGAACUAUCAGGAGAAGCAGGCGUAUUGUUUUUAUUGGCUGUGGCACAAGCUAUAAUGCUGCUUUAGCUGCAAGACCUAUAUUGGAAGAACUUUCUGGUAUUCCUGUUACAAUGGAGGUUGCUAGUGAUCUGUUGGAUAGGCAGGGACCAAUAUACAGAGAAGAUACAACUGUUUUUGUUAGUCAAUCUGGUGAAACUGCAGAUACAUUACAUGCAUUAGAGUAUGCAUUAGAAAAUGGUGCACUAUGUGUUGGCAUUACAAAUACUGUUGGUAGUGCAAUUGCCAGGAACACGCACUGUGGUGUCCAUAUAAAUGCUGGUGCUGAGAUUGGUGUGGCUAGUACCAAGGCAUACACUAGUCAAAUAGUAGUGAUGGCUAUGCUAGCACUGGCAAUUGGUGGUGAUGCAAUAUCCAGUCAAGCAAGAAGAGAGGCUAUAAUAGAUGGCCUAUUUGAAUUGCCAAGCAAAGUCAGAGAGGUGCUGAAGCUUGACCAGGAAAUGAAGGAUCUUGCGAAACUAUUGAUUGCUGAGCAGUCAUUGCUUGUGUUUGGGAGAGGAUACAACUAUGCAACAGCUCUUGAAGGGGCCUUGAAAGUGAAGGAGGUGGCACUUAUGCACAGUGAAGGUAUACUUGCUGGUGAAAUGAAACAUGGUCCUCUGGCUUUGGUUGAUGAAAAUCUGCCAAUUGUUGUUAUUGCUACCCGUGACGCUUGUUUCAGCAAGCAGCAAUCAGUUAUUCAGCAACUUCAUGCUCGCAAAGGUCGACUCAUUGUUAUGUGUUCGAAAGGAGAUGCAGCAUCUGUGAGUGUGGGUGGUUCUUGUAGAGUAAUUGAAGUCCCUCAGGUUGAGGACUGUCUUCAACCAGUAAUUAAUGUAGUUCCAUUGCAGUUGUUGGCAUAUCAUCUCACCGUUCUACGAGGCUACAAUGUUGACCAGCCUCGCAAUCUUGCAAAGAGUGUUACAACCCAAUGAGGAAGGUUCGUCUCACUUUUUUGAAGGGCUACAUUGUUGACCAUCUUCACAAUCUCAGAAAAAUGUGGCAACCCAAUUAGGGAUCUUUAUCCAUAGAAUUCUAAUGGUCCUCAUGUUUUAGAAUAUUGUGAAAAGCAGGAUUUCCAACUGAACCCUUCCCUUCUUCUGGGCUCAUAACCCCUUCUAACUUCUUUAAUACAACUAUUGCUUAGUUAUGCCACUUUUCAUUUAAGUUAGUCAAACACAGGUCAAUAUUACCCAACUCAUACAAUGAUUUUGUACCUUCAUCAUAAGUUAAUUUCAUAUUAUGUGGUUAAACUGAA